AGUAGAGGACCACAGAGUAGGCGGUUCAAAGCCAAGGUCAGAUGCCUUGUGGAGUUUGGAGCAGACGUAAUCAAUAGGAUAGCCGGGGUCAUACACAGGAGAGCAAGUGAGAAUAUCCGUUAGCCAAGCCAAGGUCAGAUCAGGAAAGCAAGUGAGAAUAUCUAUGAGCCAAGCUGAAGUCAGAUCAGAAGAGCAGGUGAGAACAUCUAUUAGCCAAGCCAAGGUCAGAUCAGGAGAGCAGGUGAGAACAUCUGUUAGCCAAGCCGAGGUCAGAUCAGGAGAGCAGGUGAGAACAUCUGUU